AUGCACUGCAAUAGCGCGACAGCCGACGCCGCGUGUCUCGCGUCUUUGAUGCGUUGCAGCCCGAGCAGCGAGUGGGAGGAGACGCUCGAUAACUUUGGCGCGCUCUCGGGUCUCUUGGGUCCGUGCGCUGGCCUGGACGCGCCCGAGUUGGCGAGUCUCGACGCGUUUUUGCUGGCCCCAGUCGACGACUUUGUCGACCCGUGCGCGGACCUGAACGCCACGCCGGACUCGCUCAUGUGCGCAGCGGACCAAGCAUUUCUUGACGAGAAGGAGCACGACUUGGCCAUGUUGUUGGCUGGAGACGUGGACUUACAUGCUACGCGCGACGAGCUGCAGCAUUUGAUGGAGUGGAAAGCAGAGCCUCAAGUACUGGACGAACCACUGCAGUCGUCACAGCGAGCGCUGGCUCUGCCAACAACAGCGCCCACAGUGACGGCGACGACGACGUCAGCAGCAUCUGUUUAUUGCCAUCGCAAGCGGAAGACAGCAGAGCUGCAUCGACUUCGAGACGGAAAAGACUGCACGAACGACGAGUGUCGUCCAACGGGCAAGAAGGUGAAGAAAGCGGAAGUACCGGUGACUGGGUCGACAGCGGUCGAGGCAAAGACGUGUGAACAGACGGAGAGAGUAUAUCGACGGCGAUACGACAUUUUGCACGGCAUAUUGGAGGCGUGGAACACGGGGGGCAUUGAGGAUCUUGAGGAAAUUGCGGAGAACGUGUAUGACGACCAGGUCACUCUGUAUAGCCCCGAUCACCCGGAUUGUUUACGUGGCGUGGAAGCAGUAAUGUCCCAUUGGAGUUUACUGCUGGAUGCCUUUCCUGACGGCAUCAUGGAGGAGUACAUUAUCGAACGCGAGGAAGGCAAUGGCGACAAGAUGAAGGCCACGUGGACCUUUAGCGGUACGCAGGUCUUCCCUAUCUUUGGCGUCCAGCCUCGACACAAGAAGGUUUGCAUUCGGGGUAAAUCCUUUUUCGCAUUCAAGAACGACCGAAUUCGGCAGAUAGUGCUCUCGUGGGACUACCGCGACACGCUACAGAAGCUGACGGGGACACCUCUUGACACGACCAGCAGCUUUGAAAUAAGUGCAUCGGCUCCAACACUUGUUUUUCACUCUUAA